UCUCCGGCAAAGUUUCCAGUCACGCUAAGGAUUGCGCGCGAGUACUGCGGGGGCUUAAGUGGGGUUUUUGUCACUGAGGUUACUGUCAUUUACCGGCUAUGGACACUUGAGAAGGUAUUCCCGUCAUUGUCAGACGUUUUAUUUGAAACUGAUAAACGUUUCGACGGAAGGAUGAAAUGGGUGAGGGGAGACAGGAACGUUCGUCGAAAAGGCGAAGAUCCUUAUUUAGGAGUCCGCAAAAGUCCUGCUCAGACUCCGAGGUAGCGCGAACGAGAUUCAAAGAGCGCAAAGCUAAGUCUAGGGAUCAGUUACCAUGGCCGAGUGUGUACCAGCUGACCGUUGAUGAACUUGCGCGGUACCGGCGCAGACGGGUGCAGAAUCGGCCGGAUACUCUGGGCACUGAGCACUAUGAAGAUGCCCUGGAGAACCUGGUCACGGAGUACAGAAGGGCGUUCAGGGUGACUAGUGAGGACUCUCUGGUGAGAAGGAAUAUCGGUGAUAGUGAAGUGGAUGCUGAGGUUUUAGCAAGGAUCAAGGCGGAUGGUGAACCUAUGGAGACUGAAGAUGACGCCUCGAUCAUACCUGGGCAUGUUCCUGGUCGACCGGCACUUAUUAGAAAGGGAACAAGUUUAAAAACUGGAGGUGAUUUUUACGCGGCAACGGAGUACUCAAACUAUAGAACAUACGAGGGUGUGCAUCGUCCUGAAUUGGCCCGGAGACCUACCUCACUUCGAAUGGAAGGUGACAUGCGAACUGUCACGGAACAGUGUGAGAAAUUCAUCGAGUGGUUCAACGUCAGUCGACCCGAGCUCGUUCGCGUGCCGACGCAUCUCAAGCUCGAGGGUCAGCAGGAAACUUCCACUGAGAGUCAUGAGCAGUAUGUGCCUUUUAUUGGUGCCAGAAGACCCGAAAUUCUGAGACAGGGUGCGCAUUUAAAGCUUGAAGGGGAGACUACUUAUUUGCCUGAGUAUACUGAUGUUUUUCGGCAACCUGCGUAUCAAGAAAAACGAUCACCAAUGCUUCCAGAGACGCAUCUGAAGUCCGUAGGUAACUUUUCACAAGCCACCGAGAACACUCAACAAUUUGUUGACCCCCGGGGGACUGUCGUUCCCCCCAACGCUACAAUUUCUGACCCCGGCGAAGAACUUCUAGACCCGGAGAAUCAUCAGAAGAAGGAAGAAGACAUGAAUCUCCUUGUCUCUAAACUGUCUGACCUCAAGCACCCGCCUAUGGAGACUCCGGAGUACAAAGAUGCCUACCGCGAUUUUCCCAGAGAACGUCCUAAACUGCUGAAACCCGAAGAUGAGAUAGGUCGCGCAGACGGUUCCAAAGUGCACUCAUCUUCUGGUUCAGCUCGCUUCCGCACAAAGAUAGACCGGGAUCCAGAGUAUAAAUCAAAAUACCUUGACCAAGACCGUCUAGUGUAUAGAAAACCCCCCAUUUCCAUGCGUCCGCCAAUCGGUUCUUCCGGAUUCGACAAACGUCUAGUCUCAGAUUUACGUUCCCACACAUCCACGAGUGAAGUGCGAGCCCAAUACGUGCCCUACGGUCACGUUCCUAAGGUCGAGUCCCUCCGAAUGCCUCCGACACUUCGUCCUGAAGGUCACAUGACCCUCCAACCCGAAUACCGAGAUGCUUAUUGCAGGAGAGGAAGUCAAACCAAUGACCCACGAUAUCAAGGCACUAGGCGCAGGUCCAGUAAUUGGUUGAAUAAUAAUAACAGUGAGCAGUUCGGAUUGAUCAAUGCUGAACAUGAUCAGGAUGCUUUUCAGGUGCUUCAAACUCGAGUCCACGAGGGCAACGUCGUUGGGAAGCCUCCAAUGGUGAGGAGAGGCUCACGCGCCUCCCAAGGUCAACGGCCCUCCAUUGGUGAAGUUAAUCCCCAACUUGUAAGGCAUCGAUCGCCGAGUCCAACGUAUCGUCUUCAUGUUCAUAAUGUUGAUGAUGAACCCAGGGGAUUUGCUCGUCGACGAAGGUCAUCCUCAAUCCGUCAGACUGGGAACAGUCCUUCACCGGAUAGAGUUCCCAUUGACGACAAUCAGAGGCCUUAUUCACCCAGUUUUGGACGAGAACGCCAGGACGACGAAGCACAAGCGUUUGUAGUACUCGAUAAUGGUAAUGAUAGUAGACGAAGACGUCUCGAUCGCAAUUCAAAUUUAGAUGGCCUAGGGGACGGUAGAAAGAGAACUCCACCCAACUGGAUGCCUCCCUGGUACGAUAACACGAGUACUAUUUGAGGUGAAUAAAUGUGAAAUCGAUAAUUACACUGCCGAGUAAUUUCACUAAUGUUUCAAAUUUUUCAUUUCUUGAAAGAAAGUUUGUUAUAUUGGGAAGUGGAUUGUACACGUUGCGUUCGAUGUAGAGACUAGUCUAUGCCCUUGAAGUCUUUCUGUUGAAGGUUAAUCGAUAGUUUAAUUCAGUCGUUAUGAAGAAACAAUAUCGUCAAUUUUUUACGUCAAAUACCAAUUGUUGGAUUGUUAUUUUUUGUUUCGAAGUAUUGUGAAAUAGUUUAAUGGAAGAUUGGUGGAUAACGUUGAGUUUAUUCAAUAAAUUAUGAUGGAAAUUGA